CAUCUCUAGAGUGGAGCCGGCUUCUAGAAAAUUAAUUUUGCCUCCAUUCCAAUCCCAUUCUUCUACGACUUGCCGAGUGAAGCGGUUCACUUUUAAAUUUUCUUAUUUUCCAGCUGUUUUCCGGCUUUUCAUUACAUUUUUGGUGAUUUUUUGAAAAAAAAAAUGGCUCCAUCUAUUCAAAAACCCGCUCCAGCCUUUAAAGGAACCGCUGUGGUCGAUGGAGAAUUCAAAGAAAUCAAAUUGGAAGACUACAAAGGUCAGUAUUUGGUGCUCUUCUUCUACCCAUUGGACUUCACUUUUGUAUGUCCAACUGAAAUUAUUGCCUUCUCCGACCGCAUUGACGAAUUCAAAAAAAUCAAAUGCAACGUUAUAGCUUGUUCCACUGACAGUCACUUUUCCCAUUUGGCCUGGACCAACACGCCCCGCAAACAAGGAGGUUUGGGCCAAAUGAACAUUCCCUUAUUGGCUGACAAAAAUCUGGAAAUUGCCAGAGCCUAUGGUGUGUUGGACGAAGUCAGCGGCAUUGCUUUCCGUGGUUUGUUCAUUAUUGACGUUAAGGGCACUAUGCGUCAAAUGACCAUCAACGAUCUUCCUGUGGGCCGUUCAGUAGAUGAAACUCUUCGUUUGGUGCAAGCUUUCCAAUUCACCGAUGAACACGGUGAAGUUUGCCCGGCAGGAUGGACUCCUGGCAAGAAAACCAUCAAACCUGAAGUUGAUAAGAGCAAGGAGUACUUCAGCUCUGCUAAUUAAGUUUUUAUUUUUGUUUGUUUUAAGUUAUAUUUUCCCUAUUUGAUUUUGAAAUUUAUUCCAGUAUUUUAAGCCAAUAUUAAAUAUUACUAAAGGCACAAUUUCAAAAGUCUGAAGAUUAAAAUAUGUAUUUGAGUUUAGACAGCUUUUGAUUAGAAACAGUAACAUGUAUUAUCUUAAUCAUUAAAUAUAUUAUCUUUGAAAUUU